CAAAUUUGAGAGGGCCCAAAAUUUUUUUUUUAAGGUUUUAUGUGUAUUAAAAUAAGUAUUAAAAACUGUAAAGAAUGUAAAAUAGGGCCCCAGAUGACCAACAUACACUUCUUUCUGCGUUCACAUUUUUUUGAUUGAGAGAAUGAGAGGGCCCAGUUUUCAUUUUUUAUGGCUUUGUUUUAAAUAAAUAAAUAUUAAAAACUAAAAUAAUAAGAAAGAGGCCCCAUCCAACCAAAACUUAUGCUCUCCUUCUUUUUUUGUGUUCUGUCUCUCUCCCCUCCUCAAUUCUGGACCAAAGCUUAUCCUCUCCUUCUUUUUUUACAUUCUGUCUCUCUCCCCUCCUUAGUUCUCAUCGUCCUCAGUACCUCACUACUCAUUCACUAGGUAUGAUUCUUUGAUUUGUUAUUUAGUUAUUUACAAAUAAAUUAAUGUUUGCUUUAGUAGCACUUUGCUAAGCAUGGUGAUUUGGUAUGAGAUGUUGUUUGCUUUUAAUAGAGUUAGCAAAGUGUUGCAGUCUAAUAAUAUGCAAAUUAAUGUUGCUAUAGCUGAAGUAAAAGGUCUAAUUGCUUGGCUUGAUAAGUUUAGAGAAACUGGCUUUAUAGAUGCAAUAAUUACUGCUAAAGAAAUUGCUGUUGCAUUAGAUGUUGAUCCUGUUUUUCAGGAAAAGCGUCCAAUUCAAAGAAAAAUAUUUUUUGAUGAAAGCGGCAGUGAGCCAUCUCCAUCAUCUUCAGGUCAAGAAUCUUUUAAAGUGCAUUAUUUCUUAUAUAUUGUAGAUCAAGCUAAGGGAUCAUUAAAUAGAAGGUUUGAACAAUAUCAACAUUAUGAUGAUAUCUUUAGAUUUUUAUUCACUUUAGAAACUUUGAAUUCCUUGAAUGAUAAUGAUAUGAAAAUUGCUUGUAUUCAUCUUGAGACUGUUUUGAGACAUGGAGAGAGUUCAGAUGUUGAUGGGGAAUACCUGUUUAGAGAGCUAAAACUCUUAUGGGAAAUAUUACCCAAACAGAGGAUGACUACUAUUGAUAUAUUGAAUUUCUUACAGGAAAGGAACACUUGCCCGGUUGUUAGACUUGCAUAUCGAAUAUUGUUAAUUGUGCAUGUUACUGUUGCUUCAGCUGAGAGGAGUUUUUCCAAGUUAAAGUUGUUGAAAUCUUAUUUGCGAUCAACUAUGUCACAAGAAAGGUUAAAUGGAUUUGCUUUGAUUUCAAUUGAGAACGAAUAUCUUGAAAAAAUCAAUUGUGAUAAGCUAAUUGAUCAGUUUGCAGGGCCUCCGAAGAGUUUGAGACGGCUCUGUCACCCAGUACUCUUAUCCAUUAUUUUGGGUUUAUGAAUUAGGGAAUAUAUGCUUGUAGGCGGGUACAUAGCUUGAAUGCAAGUGAUUCAACGGUAGGAGUGGAGUAGAUACCGUUGUCUAACAGUUUUUAAUUAUCUCCAAAUUACCUUUUUGUCAAGGGUAAAAGUGUGAUUUCCCAACUCAAGUUAGAGUGCAUAGUAUAAAUACAUGUAGUCCUGUAAUUGACACAUAUCGAUACAAUUGCAGCCUUGAAAUCCA